AUGAAUAAAAGACUUCUCUUUAUCGGAGGAGGGGCUUUUAUGUUCCUCAUCGCAUCUUUAGCGAUAUACUCUACUAAUGUAGACUAAUCUAGCUUCCAAAAGGAAGAAUAAAGAUAAUUCCUCAGUCAGCAACAAGCUCUCUUUAUUGAAGAAGAGCCAAGUUUGAUUGACAAUUCACAGCAAUCUGAAUUUGAUGCAGAAGCCAGAGCUGCUGCUACUGUGAGAAAUUAAAAGUUUGACUCAGCAAAACUGGUCUUAGCUUAACAAUACGUCUACAAACAACUCAUUGAUAGCUCAGCUCCAAGAAUCAACGCCAUUAUCAACACUGAUAAGGUGGUAUACAGAGCUAGCGACGUUGUUUUUGUGGAAGUUUUGCUCAUGGACGCCCUUAAAAAAGCUCCAUACGUUUUCCCAGUCGCUUAAGCAAAUACUACUACUGUGACUCAGAUUCCAAUCUUAAUUGUUAUUACUGAUGUCUAUGGUAAUGUAGUUGAGAAUUCAAACAUCACUGAUAAAGUUGACAAUAAGUCUUCACCAACUGCCGGAUUUUCCAUUAGACUCCCAGACUAUAUUAACUACGGAGACUAUAUGAUCAGAGUAGCAAGUUCUGGUUUCCCACCAGUAAAUAGGCUGAUCCAAGUCAGAAGGUUACCAAAUGCCUGGGAUCUUGACUAGGGUAAUCAAGAUUAGGAAAACUAAACUAAUUAAACAUACAAUGCCUAGGACUAUACAGUUUAGGUUGCCAUUCUAACUGACAAGAUAAUUAUUGAUUAACCAGUCUAUGGUAAAGUUAAUGUUUAGGCUGCUGAUUCUAAAAUGCCAUUACCUAAUAUAGUUAAUAUCAACUUCGGAUUUGUAUACUCACAGGGAGAUGAUGUCGAAAUGGUCUACUUAAACAAGAAAGGCUCUGCUUACUUCAAAGUAGUACCAAGAAUAGAACAACUUGGCAAUUCAACUUCAUUCUCUGUCAGUGCUUCAGUUAUCUCUGACGACUAAACUACCUACUAUUCCAACUAUGUUGUUGUUCAGAUCAAUUCUAUUAAUAGCACAGGUGCCGGAGUACCUCAGAAUAAUUAAGCAAACAAUAAUACAAACAAUAACAACUCUCAACCAUAAAUUUAACCAUGGGGUAUCAGAGCAAUCUUCUAAACUGAGCAACUCAGUGACCUCGUCAUGAACGUUUCUCAAAGAGUCUAUUUCUAUGCCUACUAUGAAAAUUGGUAUAGCAAUGUUUCUGGUGAUUUCUUCAACUUCAAAGAUGGUAUGAUCAGAUCUUAUGUUGCUAAUGCUACCUCUGCCAACGCUUCUAUUGCUAACUCAACUAUUGCUAAGAAUGUUACUACCACUUACAAUGGUGUUGGCUCAUUCCUCAUUGAACCAAAGGAUAACAACAUCUAUUUCCUUGAAAUCCCCAUUAAGAACAAUCAACUUAACUUUUUCGCCAUAUACUUCAAUGAUGACAACAAUGGUAUGGAUGGUAUUCACUAUGUACCAGGUGCUAUCAGAAUUCCUAUUGUUGUCGACGGUAUUCAAACCAGACAAAAGAGAUACAGAAAAAUGCUAGAUGACAGAAUUAACCCUCCUGAUAAUUCACCAAAGCUUGAAGCUAAACAACUUAAGAAGUUUAGUUACUCAUACCUUGACUACGAAACUGGACUCGUAUUCAACUAUUCUUCAAAUAUCUUCACUGUUGGUCAAGUAGGACUACCACCUCUUUUGAUCUUCAACGGAUUCCCUAACCCAGCUAAUUUCUCAAACAUGCUCGGAUUCGUCUAUAAAUACAUGCAAGGAUUUAUUGAUAACCCACAAGAUCAAUGGGGACCACACCCUAAUGGGACUGAUUAUCCUAACGGAACUGGCUACCCUACAGGCAAUUACAACUAAGGUAGCACUGGCUAUCCAACAGGUCAACAAACAGGUUAUCCAACUGGUCAACAAACAGGUUAUCCAACUGGUCAGCAAACAGGUUACCCAACUGGUCAACAAACAGGUUAUCCAACUGGAUCACCAAUGCCAACUGGAACAGGUUCAAAUCCACCAACAGGCUCCAAUGUUCCAACAGGCUCACCAAUUCCAACAGGUUCUCCAAACCCAUCAGGCCCAUAUCAAUCUGGCUCUCCUAUUCCAACAGGCUCAGAUAUCCCAACCGGAACAGGAUUCCCUCCUAAUACAGGUAUGCCAUCUGGAACUGGAUAUCCAACUGGAACUGACUAUCCAACAGGUACUGGAUAUCCAACAGGAUCUGGCUACCCAACAGGUACUGGAUAUCCUACAGGAACUGGUUAUCCAACUGGAACUGGUUAUCCAACUGGAACUGGUUAUCCAACUGGAACUGGCUACCCAACAGGUACUGGUUACCCAACAGGUACUGGUUACCCAACAGGUACUGGUUACCCAACUGGAGGCCCAUAAGGCACAAAUAAUCAAUAUCCCACUGGCCCUAACUAUAACCCACCAAAUGGUACUGACUAUAACAAUGGUAAUGGCUAUCCAACAGGAUAACCACCUGGCCCAGGCGGUAACAGAGGAUUUAAGGUAGUGUAAGUAUUCUUUGAUCCAGAAAUUAUUGUCGAACAGUUCGUUAAAUACACAAUCAAGGGACUUUAUGCUCAAUUUGGCUAUAACGCAUCUGCUCUUAACUUCACAUACAACUUCUUCGAUGACUAUAUGAUUCUAUCUUAGUUAUUCAGUGGUACUAAUGUCUCAGAGGGUAACUUCUUUGGAAACUAUGGUCCUAAGUUCCUUGAGCCAAAGUGUGGAUAGGCUUCAGUCAAUGUUAAGCCACAAGUCAAUGCUACUCUUCCACCAAACAAAUUAGACGGCCCUGCUAUUGUUAUGCAAAUCACCAAUGCUCAAAGAAAGGUUCUUGGUAACACUGAAGAUUUAGUAUUAAACUUUAACACUAACUCAUUGGUUGAUGAAACUGACUUCUAUCUAUUGACAAUUAGAAACAAAGAGCAAAUUAUCUACAGUGAAUCAAUACAAUUUAAAAGAAAUAGCGUUAACAACAGAAAGACUAUUUCCUAGAGAAGUUUUGCCAUGAAUAAUGGAGGUAUCUUGACAGUUAAUCUCCACAGAGUGACUGAGAAAUACUUCGCAUUCUAAAACAGCUCAAAUACUCCUAUUUGCGACAUUAACACAAUCCAAACUUUAAUUAAUAAUGGUACUCUCUAAAACAUUCUUACUCCUAGCGGAAUGAACAACAACUAAUCUGGUCCAUAAAAUCAAACAGAUUAUAACAAUGGAAACAACUAAUACCCAAUUCCAAAUGGUACCUAUUACAAUGGAGGAAACUUCUCAUCCCCUGCCCCAACUGGUACCUAUUACAACGGAGGAAACUACUCAUCCCCUCCCUCAACUGGCCCAGCUGGCACUAACAAUGGAGGAAGCCAAUCACCACCACCCCAAACACAAUCAAGCAACUCCAGUGGGACAACAAUGCCACCAAGUCCACCUUCAACUGGAUCAAACAACUCCAGUGGCUCAACAAUGCCCCCAGGUCCACCUUCAACUGGAUCAAACAACUCCAGUGGCUCAACAAUGCCACCAAGUCCAUCAGCUUCUAACUCAUCUUAAAGACUCCUACAAGCAAGCUCUACCCCACCUCCAAUGAUUACUGGUAACUCAUCAUCAUCCUAAUCUCCUCUUCCAUCAGGGUAGAAUUCCAACAAUUCUAGUGGAAACAAUUAAAUGCCAACAAAUCCAAAAUCUACUAACAAUAGAACUAAAGAUUUGUUUAACAACACUAAUGGUACUGCAUCUCCACUACUUGUUGAUUUAGGAAACAACAAAUCUUGCAUUCAUUUGGACUUGAACUAAAUAUCUGAAUAUACUGAGCAAGUUGGCUCUAUCCAAUUCUUCAAGAAACCAGCAACAAACGUUAGUCUUACCAUUAAGACUGCUAAGAAUACAUAUAUGGCUGGUGAAUAAGUUAAUGCUUCUGUCUCAGUCAAUAAUGCUAAGGAUGGAUACGUUUUCAUCUCUGUUACUGAAGAUUAAGAUUUAGAUGAGAAUAUCAUGACUAACUUUGCCUUCUAAGUAUAUCUACAAAAUGAAUUCAAUGAGAACAAAUUCUAAUUCCUUAACCCAAGAUAACUCCUUGGCCAAUACUUCUAUAGCUACAAUACUAACAGUACAGACAACAAUUUGGAAUCACUUCUUGCUGCUACUAGCAUUGAUGAACAAAUCUUUGAACUUGGAGUCAUCAAGACCCUCCUAGAUGGUGCUGAUUUCGGACCAAGCAAUGAUCUCCUUGAUCUCGACAUGCUCUCUGUCAGUGAGGCAUACGGAUUUAACUUCUUCAACUAGCUCCCUCUUGAUGUUCAAAUGUAUGUUGCUGCUAAAGAAAAUGAGAAAAGAGGAUUUGGAAAUGGAAGAUAUUACCCAGACUCCUCUCCUUACAGAAGAGCUAAUCCAGUUGCUGCUGCUAUGAACAACAUUCCAUCAAUUCUCAAGCAAUGGGCUCACAAUACCACAGCUGAUUACAACAGAAGUGCUGCUGCUGACUCCUCAGAGACUCUCUUCUUCGGAAGUGCCAUUAAGGUUGUCAAUAGUAACGCUGAUUUCUCAUUCAAAAUGAGUGAUCUCCAAACUACUUACAAGAUAACUGUUAACUACUACGGUCCCAACGGUAUCUCAGUAGCUCAAAAGAGAAUCUAAACUGGUGGAACUUUCGGUAUGAACUACACUCUUCCAAACGUUAUGUCUGUUGGUGAUGUCUACAAUGUCACUGCUACCAUUAUUAAUUUCAGUCCAGCAAACUUGCUUGCCACACCAAUAGUAAUCAACAACGAUAAAUCAAUCUUAGUCACUCUACUUCCAGUCAUUACAACUGUAAGUGGAAAGGCAGUUUCAAACAGUUUCGCUGUAAUCAAUGCAAACACUACAGGAACCUACACCUUCCAAGUUACUGCCCUCACUACAGCUAAAAUUGCUAAACUCACAUUCAAAAUUUAAGCUACAACUACUGAUGGAUCUCAAUUCUACCAGGCCUAAUAAGAUUCAUACACUAGAGUCAUUAAGAAAGGUUAAUUGAAGAGUCAAUUCACUGCUGGAACCAUCCAAACUACCUAAUACUCAAAUGCCCCAGUUUAACCAGUAGAGAUUACAGUUACCUUCCCAGAACAGUCUCAACUCAACACUGUCUAAGCUGAAAUUGUGAUUCUUCCAUCAUAUCAAGCUUACCUCGAACAAGCCAUUAGAGCUGUUGAGAAUAGACAAGAUGUAACUGCUGAUGAUUUACUCCUCAAGUUAGACUUGAUGGCUCAAGUGAUCCAAGCUCAAAGCUAUGAAGCAUAUGCUUCAGGAAACGAAACCCAGGCUGUUGGAUAGCUCGUUGAAUCAGUUCAAUAUGCCAAACAACUUCUUAAUAAACUCAGUGCUUACCAAAUUAUAUCCAACAAGGUUCCAUCUGGAUACGACUACGUUUUAGGUUCCAAUACAGCAAGUAUUCCAUUGACAACACUUGCUCUCUCAGUUCUUUCUUAAUACUCAUUCCUUGAGGAUCAAGUAAGCAGCAAUAGUACUUAUCAAAUGAACCUUAAAUUUGUUCUAAGCAAAAGAGAUGCUAAGACUAGUAACUACACCUUAAGUGAUGUUGAUAUUACCAAUAGAGCUGGACAAAACACUACUCAAGCAUUCAUUCUAGCUACUCUGUCUGGAAUCAAAAAUAUCACUUCUAGGAUGCCAGUCAAUAUCACAUUUGAGUUUAACACUUACAUCACUAGCGUUGCAAAACUAUGUAAUGCUACAGCCACAUUCACAAACCUUAUCACAGAUCCAAUCUAAUUGGCACUUACCAUUCUUGCUUCUCAAAAUGUUCCAGUCACCACUAGUGUCUAGUAUGCAACUCUUUCCUUGAUCUUCGACUAACUAUUGAAGCAUCAAAGUUCAUCAGGUCAAUUCGAUUCACCAACUGUUAGACAAUACGGCCAAUACUCAAUCUUUAAUGGCUAAGGAAAUGAUAGAGUUGUUGAAUCAACUGCUGUUGCUGUACUUGCUAUGCUAACCAGAAGAACCAUGUUAAAUGAUAGCACUCUCUAUCAAACUAACAUCAACUCUGCUGUUAAAUAUCUCGUUUCAUAAAACAAUGGAGGACUAUUCGGUGGAAACUUAGCUACCUAAUUGGCAGUUAGAGCUCUUCAAACCUUCAACUACUACGAUUUCAUUGGUGCUAACGUGACCUUUGAUCUCCUCGCUAAUGGUGAAAUUUUGGAUUCUCAAUAAUACUAAGGGGAAUUCUCACCACUCAGGUUUACCUAUAAUCCUAGAGAUCAACUAUUCAAAGCUAAUGAAACUGUUACCUUCAAGGUUCAAAUCAGCAGUGCAACACUACAAGAUCAAUAGGACAUUGUCUUCGGAUACUACACAGUCUUCUCAUUCGUUGACAACAACCUCACUAUUCCAUCCAACAAAAAUUGGAUCUAUAAUCUUAAUCCAUCAUCUAAGCCAUCUACCCUAAGGAACGGUACCUCAUUUAAGUAUCAAGUUGUUUUAACAAAUCUCUAGAAUGGCAGAACUGUCAAUAGUAUCAAAGUAAUCGUCCCACUUCCCUCAUGUCUUACUCUUGACCUAAAUGGUCUAAAGAAUGCUAUUAUUGGAAAGGGAACUUACCAACUCAAUCUUGAUGAUCAAGAAAUUUAUCUCUUCUUUAGAGGAUUAAAAGCAGCAGAGAGAUUUGUAUUAGAAUUCCCACUAUUUGUAUCAAGUGUCAACAAGUGUGUGCCAAGAAUAUCCACAGCAUAAUGCGGUUUGGACCAAGUUGUAUCACCUUCAUAUUUCUAUUGA